AUUUCCCUAUGGCAUAAGCUUCUGUCGAAAUGGUUGGGAGAAGGAGUUUUCACGUGCGACAUACCCGCUUUCAAGGAAGCUUGUUCAGUCCGUGUUAAGCCUGCCCAGGCUGCCCUCCAAGCUGGCAAUAGUGGUCUGAUGAGUGGCGGACGAACUAGUCCGCAAAGUGGUUUCGAUUCUGAACGAUACGGAGAAUUAUACAAGGCUUUGGUCCAAGACAUCGUUGAGGUCUGGCAGCGACGGAAUUGUUCAGUGUUGGAGGAGAUUCAAUUGCUCAGUGCCAAGCAAUGGGAAACCCUCAUCGAGCAAGCUGGCUUGUCUCUCCCGACGAAGCUGUCUGCCGUCACGGUAUCGCAACUGGCCGAGUCCGACUUCUUCCACUCGGAGUUCAUACGGCAGUGCAUCGACUCAGUGAAGGAGUCGACAAGUUCAUGA